AUGGCAACCAUGCGCGCAAUCAGCGUACAAGGCGGCAAAGGCCCCGCAACAUCUCUAUUCGUAGACCAAAUCGCCAAGCCCACCCCAGCAAAAGGCCAAGCCCUCGUUAAGAUCCGGGCGUUCGGUCUAAAUCGCAUGGACCUUUUACAGCGCGAGGGUCUUUAUCCUCUUCCGCCUCAGGCACCUGUGACUAUUGGUGUUGAGUUCUCUGGUGUUAUUCAGGAGCUUGGUGGGGAGGGACCGUGCGAUUUUAAGGCUGGGGAUGAGGUUUUUGGACUUGCGUAUGGUGGUGCUUAUGCGGAGUACAUUGUCGUCUCGACUAAGAUGCUAGUCCAUAAGCCAGCGCAUCUAUCAUGGGAAGAAGCAGCUGGUGUUCCAGAGACCUGGAUAACAGCCUCACAAGCCCUCUUCCUAAUCGGAGACUUCCAACCCAACCAAUCCGUCCUCUGGCACGCAGGCGCAUCAUCAGUCUCCAUCUCCGGAAUCCAACUCGCAAAAGCCUCCGGCGCCUCCGCAAUCUACGCCACAGCCGGCUCGCAAGAAAAGAUCGACUUCCUCGAAAAAGAACUCGGAGUAACAAAAGCCUUCAACUACAGAACAGAAGACUGGGCCACCGAAAUCUCCCGCUUAACAAAUGGUGCCGGCGUAAAUCUCACAGUUGACUUUAUCGGCGCAACAUACUUCCAAGGAAACCUUGACGUCGCAGCUAAGGAUGGAAGAGUUGUUCUCCUUGGAUUAAUGGGCGGGGGCAAGUUGCCUGAUGGUGUUAAUAUUGCGCCGUUGCUUUUUAAGAGGAUCCGGGUUGAGGGGAGUACGUUGCGGAGUCGGGAUGAGGAUUAUCAGGCUAAGUUGAGGGAUACGCUUGUUGAGCAUGCGCUGCCUAAGUUUGAAGAUGGGACCUUUAAGGUCUUUGUUGAGAAGGUGUUGCCGUUUGAGAAGAUUGUUGAGGCGCAUCAGUUGUUGGAGAGUAAUACUACUAAGGGGAAGAUUAUUUGUGUGUUUGAGUAG